AUGAUAGUAAAACAACUUAUUGUUAUUACACAACUUAUCAGAAAACUAUGUCAACAUGACUUGGACUUAAAAAUUUCGCCAAUAUAUAUNUAUCACCCAGCUGCGAACGGCCUGCUCGAGCGCUGGCACAGGUCACUGAAGACGGCCCUACGCUGCCAGGAAUCAGCUGACUGGCUCGACAAGCUGCCCAUGGUACUGCUUGGCCUACGCUCGGCCUACAAAGAGGACCUUAAAGCCUCGCCUGCGGAGUUCCUCUACGGCACCACUCUGCGACUACCGGGAGAGUUCCUGGAGGACCGCGAUCCACCGUCAGACAGGUCCAGCUUUCUUCAGCCCUUCAGCAGACACAUGCAGCAGCUCCGACCCAUCCCAGCCUCGCACCACUGCUCCAACAGCUCCUUCAUUUACAAGGACCUCUACACGUCGUCGCACGUCUUCCUCCGAAACCACGCGACCAAACACUCGCUGUACCAGCCUUACACAGGGCCACACCUGGUGCUCGAGAGGAUCGACGACCGUGUAUUCAAAAUCGACGUCAACGGGCGCAUCGUCAACGUAAGCGUCGAGAACCUGAAGCCGGCCUUCGUGCUGCGCGAGGCGGAACAGCCCGCGCCUCCGGCAGGCAACGCCGUCCGAAAUCUGCAAGGCAUCACUUUCACGGCAGACAAGCUCCUGCCAUAA